AAUGCCUGUUUUUGCUGUAUGAAAACUUGACUCUCCAUCCGCUGUCGAUGCACAACACGAUCCUCGAACUCUUGUCGCCUUUAUCGAUACUCUCAAUUGAAUUUGGAGCCUUCUUAUCAUUGUUUAAGAUGUCGAUUCAAUGAGGCUGAUUCUGCGGCAAGCCUUUCUGGUGACAUUCCAUAUACCCUCUAGUUCGAGCUCUAGCGAGAAAAUGACCUCUUCCUAAUAUAUAAGCCAAAUAUGUUGUACAGGUAUGCAAUAGGUCUGCUGCCUGUGAGCUAACCUUCCUGUAGUGUGUGCUCAGGUGACAUCUCACCGUGAGAUGCUCCGGAUUGUACUCGCGUCCCAUGUUGUGUUCUCGUGCGAUCCUCGUCUCACGCGCAGAUCUCACCAAGGCGUCGGGCACUACUACUAGUGCUCUAGUCGUUCAGUACAUGCAGUGUUGAUGACCAUGGAGGUAGCUGGCGAGAAUCCGAUAUCAACGUUUCGUCAUUACAUACACUAUCUUCACGGGGCAUCUGACCGACCUUUUAGGUUUGACAAAUCAACGCAUCAUAACAUGAUCUAGUCUUCUAGUCCUCUUAUUCGUGCCGAUUCGCAGGAUCCCACGCCCAUCAGGGCACACGAUAUAAGCUGUGAGCAUCGUGUCAAAAUUACGGUCGCACUCUUUCCCCUCGUCAUGGUCUACGCACUCAAACGACAACCGUUGAAAGCGCUUUACUUGACCUUCGCUCUCCCUGUUACCCUCCUCGUUCGCUUACCUUUCUGGUGUGUUUAUUACCUUCCUAGAUUCAACAGACCCAGGAGGUCGUGGAAGUGGUGGCAAUGUAUUCAGGUAAACCUUAUCCGUACCCUUGCUGAUCUUGGAGAUAUUCCCGAGAAAACAGGUCCUCUUCUCUCCCAUCCAACCCAUCAUACCAUUCCCAAGGACAAAUAUAAAUCAGUUUGGAUCGAACCCACUCCCGCUCUCGUCUUUGACCCGCUGAAGAAGUUCGCGGAUGCAGCCAAAGUGGAACCCGUUCGUAUCCCUGGAUACUGGUAUGAUCGGGAGGGAAAGAGCGUCCCGGUCGGGGACCGUCCACGACCUGGAGAGAAAGUCCUGUAUUACCUCCACGGCGGGGGCUAUGUUGGCAUGUCCGCUCAUCCCAGCUCUAUCUACGCAUACCUGAUCAAUCGCCUCACGACAACUCUUCCUAACGUGGAGCGCACGCUAGCUGUCGAAUACCGGCUCACCACAGGUCCGCCCGACGAACUCACCAACCCAUUCCCUGCUGCGCUGCUUGAUGCCAUAGCAGGCUAUGCUUAUCUCAUCAACGUUGUCGGUUUCAAACCAGAGAACAUUAUCCUUGGAGGUGACUCUGCUGGAGGGAAUCUUGCACUCGCAUUGACGCGCUAUCUCGUUGAAGCGGGCCGCCUCCCUGAAGCCGCGAAUGUUCUCCCUAAACCACCUUCAAAUCUCAUUUUGAUCUGUCCUUGGUCAGAUCUCGGUUCCUCACACGAGACUCCCGGCGCGUCUGUGUACGUCAACCUAGAGUCAGACUUCAUAGGGCCCGUCGACGAUGCCCUCCUAAAGCACGCUCGUGUGAAUUACGUGGGCCCCUUAGGUUUCCCCGAAGCAGCCAACACGAACUCGUACCUCUCACCUGGCUCGAAGCACCCCAGUAUGCCUGAAGUUUCAUUCAAAGACUUCCCGAGGACGUUCAUCGUUUGGGGUGAAGCGGAAAUCUUGGUUGAUCAGGUUAAGACCUUAUGGCGGAAGAUGACAGACCAGUUGGGUGAGGAGCAGGUUGGGUGGGUGGCAGGAAAGGAUGCCCCACACGAUUUCAUGCUUUUGGAAUCGUUCGAAGAGCAGAAUGAUGAGGCUUAUGGUGCCCUUGAGAAGUGGUUUACAUCUCAAUAGGCACUAACUGAUCGUAGGUAUCACAUAUGCACUUCCCUUCAGCGCAGCUUCUGAAUUAUUGGUCAUGGAGCCUGUAAAUUAACCACUCUAUCGAUGUUGUUAUGAUGCUUUUACAGGAUAAUCAUAUUUCACAUGAUUUCAGAAUGUCUGCAGUGACAAUGAAAUUACGCGCAGCGUUAAACGACCCUCAAGUCUAUCGUUAUUUGAUGUCAUUGCACUUCUCGUUGGUCGUUUGGAAGACGUGCACGUGGAUUAGAGUCUAAAGAACCACAGUCGUUCACGUCUACCUUCGACUCGCUGACUCUAUUUGCUCUUGCUUGUCAAUAGACUCGACGCAAUUUCCUUUUCUGACAGCUCCCAGGUUUGCCAGCAACCACCGUCUUAUCCUUUCAUCUAACCUUCAUCAUACGACAAGGCUUCACAUAGUUCGCUUCCUGAAUGAAACAUUCUGCUACAA